AUGUCAAGGAUUUGGAGCAUUUUAUUCCUUGGCGGCUGGCUGGUGUGGUCAGGAGGAGCUGCUGGCCCGGGAGCUGUCAUCAGGAUCGAUCUUGGAACGAUAGACCGCGCGGUCUCCACUGUGCUGAAUGAGAGUGAUGUUCUGCAGAAAAUGGCAGAGGAAGCCGCAAAAAAAAAAGCCAACGCCAAACCCAUCAAAGGCAUCUCGGGGCUGAAAGUGAAAGAUCUCUGUCCCCCAGUGAUAUCACUCACGCUCUCGCCGGGCUCGGGGCUCUUCAUGGCCGUCUUAAUCCAAAUGACCAUCACUGGGAAAAGCUUUAUAGGAGGAAACAUGGAAAUGGCUCUGGCCGCAAACCUGACGACCAGCAGCCGGCUGUGGCAGGACGCUGCGGGCAUCCCCAGGCUCAGCUGCAGGAACUGCCACGUCGCUCUCGUCAGCGUUAAAACCAACCUCCCCAGCAGCAUGCUGCCCAAAGUGAUGAGCAAGUUUCUGGACAGCACCCUUCAGAAAGUGCUGCCAGGUCUGCUGUGUCCAGCUGUCGAUGCAGUGCUCAACCUUGUGAAUGCAAAAUUCACCACCCUGACUUCCGAGAUCCCUCUUGGGAGUGCUGGGACCCUCCAGUACGCUUUGCUGAACCCCCCACUGACGAGUGAAACUUUCAUAGAGCUGGAUUUGAAGACCGUUCUCCACCAAAAGGAGGGAAAGGAGGUUGACCUUCCCAUGGACCAACCAGCUCUUGCUUCUCUGCCACCAAAGAGGGAUGCUGCUACCCAGCUCAUCCUGUCUGCAAACUUUUUGAGUGCUGAGCUCUCUGUUCUGCAGACAUCCUUCAACCUGGACAUCAGCAACAACAUGGUUCUUGGGCUUCCCCCACUGGUGACCACGAUGCUUGGAACCCUCAUCCCCGAGAUUUCCAGGGUGCUGCCUCCAUCACAGCCAGUGGUGAUUGAAAUGCGAGAAGCAAAAGCACCAGUGGUGACCAUAACCCCGGACAAAAGCUUUGUGCAGCUCUUCAGCACCGCCGAGUUUUGGGUUUCCCCUUCAGAGACUGCUCCCGAAUCCCUCUUUGUCCUGGAUGUUCACAGCGACCUGGAGGCGCAGUUUGCCAUUGCAGAAGAAAAGCUGCGGCUCUCCCUCACUCUGCAAAGGAUGGAGAAAACGCUCUCGGUGGGAAGCAGCCCCUUCCUGGAGGGAGGCUGGCGGAGCCGCGGCACCUCCGGUGCAAGGGGGAGGUUUGCUGGAGGCCAAGAUCUGGGCGAGGAGUCUGCUGAGGGUGACGGGACUGGGGGGCUGCGGGAGGUGAAUGAUGCUGUGCCUUUCCUCUCCCUGCAGUCUGCCUCGGGUGGCCUUGGCUUCUCCUCCCUUGGGACGUUUGACGAGCUGCCGCUGAAAGGAGUUUUGGCAGAUAUUAUUCAUGUGGCUUAUGUGCCAUCGAUCAACAGGGUGCUGCGUGGAGGGGUCCCCCUGCCCGACCUGCUGGGCAUCACCUACCGUUGGGCGAACAUCAGCGGGUUCGAGAAUGCUCUAGUGCUGGACGUGCCCGUCACGGAGACCUGA